AUGCAGGGUCGCUGCCACAGGUCCCCGUCACUUAUAGCGCUCGCAUUCGUCCAUGGCUCUCUGCUCCUCCGCUGCUCGUCACUUUUCUCUCCUGGCCCCUCCAACUCGCCCUUUCCUCUCUACCUCUCUCCCUUCGCUCUCUUCGACAACACAGUGCCGCUCCUGCAUCUUGUACCUGCUCCCCCAGUUGGACCAGCUUAUCCCCCGCCUAAUCUGAGAUUGUGCGAGCGCGCCAGUCCCGUCGCUCCUCCGAGAGAAGAAGAGCUCGCCAGCCGACGCAUCAACCACCAGCUUGUCUGCCCUUGA